UUUUUGUUGAUAAACACUUCUCCUUCAAGUUUGGAUAUUUUUGCGCACUGCAAACGUUAUCACGGUUUAUGCCGUAUUUUUUUUCAUCUGCAUUCACGAUGAAUGAUCCCAACAGAAAGAUAGACAUCGAUAAAUCAUCGCUACUCAGCCUUAAAGCGGAAUUACUCCGCAAACAGGAGGAAGUGUCCAGGGCCAAGGCCUUCAACUCAAUCGACGAUUUUGUGCCAAAAAAGGUGCCCAAACCGGAGAAGCCACCGCCUUCGUCCCGGACGUCCACAAAGCACAAGGAUGCCCAACAGAUCGAGCUGGAAGAUUCGGCCGAACUAACCCGGUCGAAAAAGAUCCUGGAAUCGAAGGCCAAGUACUACGACCGGAUGGUUGCAUCCGGUGGGGCGCUGAAUAGCGACGAGAACUGUUUGGUGAUGUUCAAUUAUAAAAAGCAGACCGACAAACCUGCGCCGAACCCGGAGGAGAGACAGUAUAGUAGUUCGGAUGAAUCGGAAUUGUCCUCCGGGGAUGAAGAGAUGGUCAGAAAACCUAGGUCAGAUGUGGCACCCGCGGCUGGAGAUUGGGUCGAAUACACGGAUUUCCUCGGCCGUAGCCGCAAGUGCAGGAGGAAAGAUUUGGAAGAAUGCUUGCGGCGGGACAAAGACAUGGCACGAGAUGCCAAGGGGAACGUUGAUGACAAGGAGGAGGAUAAGGACGAAGAAGAGGGAGAACUGAUUGGGCCCGUUCCGUCGAUGGCUAUCACCGAGGACACGAUCGGGGAACGGUUCCGUGAGAUGCGCGAACAGUGGGCCAAACAGCAGGCGGAAAACUUGGACAAGGAUUCGGUGCAUUAUCAGGAUGUGCUGUUCGAUGAGGCCCGUCAGCACGGUGUUGGUUACUAUGCAUUUUCGACUGACCGUGAGGAACGGAACCGCCAGCAGCAGGAGCUGGACUCGAUUCGCGAUGCCACGCUAGAGGCACAAAAAGAGCGGGAAGAUUUGCGCAAAGCACGUGACAAGAUAAUUGCCGACCGGAUGAAGGCGGCCAAGGCACGGCAACGGGCUCGUCAAGGUUUGCCUCCGGAGGAGGAGAAGGAGGAGCCGAGUGCAAAGCCGGAAAAGGAACCGCAACAAUCGGAAGCUACGGAGGAUGCACUGUACGAUACCAGUGAGGAGAAGAAACGACUGAAGGCGGAAGCCAAGGCGCAGCGGAAGAAGGAAAAAGAAGAACGCAAACGGAACCGUGAGCGUCAAAAACACGUUCGACCUUGGGACGAAGGGAAACAAAAGGACGAUGAAAUGGAUUGGAAACCGGCCAGAGAAUGGCACGUCAUGUCACAGGAGGAAUGGAACGAGAUGAAGCGGAAGGAGCGAAUAGAUGAGUUUGCCCCACCUGUCGAUUAUACAUCGAAAACGGAGCGGAGAAGAAACAAUCCUUCGCAGCCAACGGGACACUAUGAGGACAAGAUUGGACGGCGAGAUGAACAGGAGGAUGGUGGGAAUGGCGGAAAUGAUUCCGAAGAAGAUGAGGACGAGCAGAUUGGUCCGCUUCCUACAGAUCGAUGUUAUAACAGAGCACAUAGUACGGCCAAUAAUCCACUUCUACCGUCGUCGGUAUUCUAUGGCGGCGGAGGUGCAAUAGAUGAGGAUGUCGUCAGCAUGCCUACCAUCCCGGGAACGGAGGACGACAUCAUUUUACCGGAAGAAACGAAUCGUACGCUGUUUUUCACCACCAAGAAGACCAAGAAGGAAUUUAAACGGCGGAAUUAUGAUGCAUCGUUGGACGAUGCAGGAUCAGAAAAGCGACCCAAACCACAGCCGGUGCCUAUACGAAAUGAAUUGAGCGAAGGCGAAUCGGGUGAUGAGAGGGAAUCGUGCAGACGAGGCCAAGGGGAAGGGGCGGAAAUAGCUCCACCAGCUACGUUUGAGUAUUAUGGACCAACCUCGUCGGCGGCAAGGCAAAACCAACGGAAAGCACCGCCAGUUUCGAAAAAUGCCCUUGAGGCAUCCAUCGAGGCUGGCUUACGGUUUUUGCGGGAACAAUCCGACAAGGGUGGACCCAGCACCGGUACCAAAAACAAGUGGACAUCUAAUGCGGAUUAUUGAGUUGCAUGGGGUGCGGUUUGGGGUUUCAUGAAUAUAUAUAUAUUUUCGUUUUCAUAA